GCCGGUCGGUCCCAGCAGCCCCAGCGCUGCCCGCAGUGACGGGCGGACAAAGGGGCGCCGCGCCAGCCCGCACCAGCGGCCCCGGGCGGAAUUGCCAAAAUGCUUUGGAAUUCUUAAACGAUUCAAAAACUGAAGUCUCUGAGGAUACAAAAUCAUAAGAACACAAGAAGCAGCAAGGAGGAUUCAGUGCCAAUGCAGCAACAAAAAAGACAGCCAGAGUUAGUGGAAGGAAAUCUUCCUGUUUUUGUUUUUCCUACAGAACUUAUAUUUUAUGCAGAUGACCAGUCAACACACAAGCAGGUGUUGACUCUAUAUAACCCCUAUGAGUUUGCCUUAAAAUUCAAAGUUCUUUGUACGACUCCAAAUAAAUAUGCAGUGGUGGAUGCUACUGGUGCAGUGAAGCCUCAGUGCUGUGUUGAUAUUGUGAUUCGUCACAGAGACGUUCGGGCUUCGUACUAUGGUGUCAUAGAUAAAUUCCGUCUGCAAGUGUCUGAGCAGAGCCAGAGGAAAGCAUUAGGGAAAAAGGAGAUUAUUGCUACUCUGCUUCCAUCUGCAAAGGAACAACAACAACAAAAGGAAGAGGAGGAAAAACGAAUAAAAGAACACCUGGCUGAAAGUGUCUUUUUUGAGCAGACUUUGUGUCAACCAGAAAACAGAACUGCCUCGUCGGGACCUAGUUUACUCACAGUCUUCCUUGGAGUGGUGUGUGUCGCAGCACUAAUGCUACCUACAUUGGGGGAAAUGGAAUCCCUGGUGCCUCUCUACCUCCACUUAAGUGUGAAUCAAAAAUUAGUAGCUGCUUAUGUUUUAGGUCUCAUCACCAUGGUUAUUUUGAGAACAUGAGCAAUGAGUUCAUAGGAUGUCAAACACCUUACUGUAUAUUCACAUCAUGAAUGUGGACUGCCUUUUACUCCCAUUUGGCUCAUUAAGAUGCUAGCAAAACUGUUCAGUGAUUUAAGAUACCUUCAGAAGUGUAAUAUAUUUUAACUGUGUAUAAUAAAUGAAAGACUCAAAGCACUUUGCGGUGCUUCUGUAACAGACAGCUAUGAAAUGUUCAGUGAUACCUGUGAAAAUAAUUUGAAAAAAACUUUUAUAUCUAUGCCUACUGUAAAAAAUCCUUAUUAAAACAACAUUUGUUAUUUUUAGUCUAUGUUCACAUCAGUGCGUGAUCACUAUAAAAGCAAACUGUCCUCUGUAAAAAACACUCAUUUGGUUUGUGGUUGUACCUGCCGAGGCUGGCACAUAACACUUCUGUAUAUACAUACCAGAGGGGUGAGAGUCGUGACUGAUCAUUGAAGAAAAUGAAAAAUUCCAUCAGUGGAACUAUGAAAUAAACCAUGAAUUUUAGGUGAAGAAGUAAUUCUCAAAUUUCUUACUUCAUCGUUACAAAUGUAUCAUUGAGUGCUCAUUUUUCGUACCUGGGGAAAUAAUUUCUUGCAACAGCCAUUUUGUACCACAAUUACUAGACAAUAAAAACAAGUUUCUGUAAUCAGAUCCCUUCAUUUCUUAGGGAUGCAUGAAAGUGGCAUUAACAGAAUCUGAGCUCGUAUUAAUACAAAAUUCACCAUUUUUUUCUAUUUUAGAGACCAAACUAAGUGAAAUAGCAAAGGCAUUUCUCUACAUCCCUCCUCCCACAGCUACCACAGAGACUUCUAUCAGAAACUCCUGCUUAAAUGCCAGUUUCAUAUUUGAGGUGAACAUUAAUCUUGUUUCAUACAACAAGUAUUUCCCUUCAUUUGACAUUUCAUUGUCGAGAUGUUAAUUCUAAAAGGGCAGCUAUUACUGCAUUGGAUUCAUACAGACAAAUCUUUGUUUGUAAGAAGUCUAUAGAGUAUGCUCUGAUAUGAAUAAUAAAGUUUGGAAAUCAAACCUUC